ACCAUUCUCACUCUUUCUUUCGGUCUUUUACGGGACUGGACACACAUUAUUUUUCUUAACGAGGGGAAGCAACCAAGGGACAAACAGCAGAGAUGAAAAAUGCUUUUUUACAUAUUUACCUAUCAAAAUUGUAGGUGCUUUUUUGGAUGUUGAGUUUCCCUCACUUUUGUUCUUUGUGUUAUAAUAUUAGUCUCUUUCUCUCUCAAACAUUUUCUAGAGAGAGAGAGAUAGAGAGAGAGAUAUAAAGAGUGAGAGAGAGAGAGAUAGAAAGAAAGAUAGAGGGGAAUCAGACAAACAAAAAGUGUCAUAAUUUUGAUCACUGUCUGCCAAAAAGUCAUUUUAUUUGGUCCAGAACGAUACUAUUUGGACGAUACUAUUUGGAUUUGACCAUUUUUAUUUUCUAACUGAGUUUGUUUAGACGUGUACCUGGAUAACCUGACAUGACAAUACCUUCCUAUAGGCAUGURUCUGCUAUCACAGAGGUGCAAAUUGUUCAUCUAUAAGAUUGAUACCGUUCACUAAGAAAUUUGAUUUCAUUUUCAAUCUGGUCAGACACAUUUCCAAAGAGAAAAACUACUGGACAGUGCUGGACAUGAACUGAUAUGAGGGGAUCAUCCCCAAGCUCGGAACCAGAAACAUAGAACUAACUGACACACUGACGGACAACGAGGCAUAACCGUGGAAACGGGCAGACUGCCGCCCAAGUACACUCACUGACCCACGGAGACGGACAGACAGACAGUCUGAUGCCAACUGUCUCUGCUGUCAAUCUCACGGCACAACUCCUCCUGCUGUUGCUAUGGGCAACCCACCCGACCAUGGCAACCAACUGGCUCUCCCUGGCGAGGAUGCCGCGCUCGCGGCCCGUGUCGGGUGCUGCCCCCUGUGGGCGGCUGAGGGGACUGUCCGUGGGGCAGGUGGGGGUGUGCAGGGCGCGGGGAGAAGUCAUGGAGUCUGUGCGCAAGGCAGCCGAGAUGGUCAUAGAGGAGUGCCAGCACCAGUUUCGUAAUCGGCGUUGGAACUGCUCCACCACCCCGCGUGGAGUCAACGUGUUCGGUAGAGUCAUGAGCCAAGGCACCCGUGAGGCGGCCUUUGUGCACGCCCUGUCCUCGGCGGCGGUAGCGGUUGCAGUGACGCGAGGCUGCAGCCGGGGGGAGCUAGAGCGGUGUGGCUGCGACAGGAAGGUCAGAGGGGUCAGUCCCGAGGGUUUCCAGUGGUCUGGGUGCAGUGAUAACCUUUCCUAUGGUGUGGCCUUCUCCCAGACCUUCGUGGAUGAGACGGAGCGUGCCAAGGGGAUGUCYGCAGGGCGACCCCUCAUGAAUGUCCAUAACKACGAGGCUGGACGGAAGGCUAUCCUCCAUAACAUGCAGGUGGAGUGUAAGUGRCAUGGUGUCUCGGGAUCCUGUGAGCUGAGGACRUGCUGGAAAGUCAUGCCCCCAUUUCGGCGCGUCGGCGCCGUGCUGAAGGAACGCUUUGAUGGAGCCACAGAGGUGCGUCUGUCCCGUAUCGGCUCCAGGACAGCCCUGCUGCCCCGGGACCCCCAGGUCAAACCUCCCGCCGCCAGGGACCUGGUGUACCUCGCUGUCUCUCCAGACUUCUGCCGUCUCGACCCCGACAAUGGGAUCCCCGGGACGGCCGGCCGACGCUGUAACGGCACCUCCCGGCUGGCCCCAGAUGGCUGUGAGCUGGUGUGUUGUGMGCCAGGGUACCGGGCAGGCCGGGCRGAGYUGGUGCAGCGCUGCUCCUGUAAGUUCUCCUGGUGCUGCUCGGUCCGCUGCCAGCAGUGCAAGAACACAGUGAUGAUCCACACCUGCCGAGAGUGAACCCAGUCUAUGCAGAACCCAGAGCACUGAGCAGACACGCAAGAACCUUACACCUGUCCAGACACUCUAGAACACAGCCCAGACACUCCAGAACACUACCCAGACACAACAAUGUCCAGACACUCUAGAACACAAC